CCGCUCCCCGGCGCGGCGGGGGCUCUGCCGCCCGCUCCCGGCUCCGGCGGCGGCCGGGGAUGCGCAGCCGAGCGCGGCGGCGGGGGAGGGCCGGGCCGGAGGAAUAAGGACCCGGCUUCUUCCCCGGUCCCACCCCCGGCCGCUUCCUCCGCAGCUCCCUCCCCUCGGCCUCCCCUUCCCCUCCCGCUCCCCACUCCCCUAAAAUCAUCCCCCCAUCUCCCGGUAUUGAUUUCCCGCACGCGAAUCCCAGCGCAGCGCGGCGAGCACGGGCACUGGCGGCUCCGUCGCCCGCUCCCGCCGCUUCCCGCCGGGACCGGGACCGGGACCCGCACCGGGACCGGCGCCCCAUGGAAGGGCAGCGGCUGCGGCCGGAGCGCCUGAAGUUUGCCUGGAGCGAGGGAUGAGCGAUGGAGGGGCCGAGCCCGGCGGGAGCCCCGUGCUGCUGGCCGAGCCCGCAGCCACCGGGCGGGCCCGGGAGAAGGCGCCGACCCGGGCGGAGCUGGAGAGCGCCCUGCGCGGCGGCGGCGGAGGCGGCGGCGGCUUCAAGGACAUCCCUGGAACGUCGGCGGUCAGCCCCGGCUCCUCCAAGGAGUGCGCCCCGGACACCGAGAGCCCGUCGGGGACCGGCGAGGCGGAUUACUGCCGCCGCAUCCUGGUGCGAGAUGCCAAAGGGACGAUCCGGGAGAUCGUGCUGCCCAAGGGGCUGGACCUGGACCGGCCCAAGCGCACACGGACGUCCUUCACGGCGGAGCAGCUCUACCGCCUGGAGCUGGAAUUCCAGCGCUGCCAGUACGUGGUGGGCAGGGAGAGGACGGAGUUAGCGCGGCAGCUCAACCUCUCCGAGACCCAGGUCAAGGUCUGGUUCCAGAACCGGCGCACGAAGCAGAAGAAGGACCAGAGCAGGGACUCUGAGAAACGCUCCUCCGCCACCUCCGAGUCCUUCGCCACCUGCAACAUCCUCCGGCUGCUGGAGCAGGGCCGGCUCCUGUCGGUGCCGGCCCCCCCCAGCCUCCUGUCCCCCGCCUCCAACCCCAUCUCCAGCCCCGCGGGCAACGGCUCCGGCCUGGCCACGCCGGGCCCCGCGUCCCCCGGGUUGGGCGGCGGGAGCAGCCCCCCGGCACCGGGAGCCUUCAGCCUGCAGGUCCCGUCCCUCGCCUCCUCGUCCUCCUCGUCCUCCUCGCCGCGGCUGCCGGGGGGGCCGCUGUGCUUCGGGGGGCCGCUCCUGGGCAGCCUGCACGACCUGCCGGGCGCGUACGGACUGGGCGCUUCAGCGUUUGAGCCUUACACGCGGCUGGAGAGGAAAGACAGUUCUAUAGCCAGCAAGAAGCCGAGCUCUUAAAU